AAAAAAUUAUUAGGUUAGUCUCAAAGUCCAAUCUAAAAGUUUAAUUAAAGUUAUCUUUUUAAAAUGAAGACUUCGCGAGCCAAAAAAGCCCGGAAGACUCUUGGAUUUUAUGUGAAUAAUUAUAAAUUUCAUCAACCUUUUCAAGUCCUUAUUGAUGGUACAUUUGCAUUUGCGGCAUUACAGAACAAAUUUAAUAUACAAGAGCAACUUGCAAAGUACUUCCAGUCUGAAAUAAAGUUGCUAACAACAGCAUGCAUCAUCUCAGAAACUGAGAAACUUGGUAUAUUUUCUCCAGCAGUUAACGGUGCUACGCAAAUCGUGAAACAAUACGCUAUACAUAGAUGUGGACAUGAAAAGAAACCAAUAAAUGGUUCAAAAUGUUUUUUAUCUAUGAUAGGAAAAGAUAAUAGUGUAAGAUACAUUGUUGCAACACAAGAUCGUGAACUUCAGGAUAAAUUGAGGAUAAUUCCAGGAGUUCCAUUAAUUUAUUUACAUGGAAAAGUACCUACAUUAGACUCUCCUUCAGAGGCGAGCCGUAAACAUGCUGAAGCUAUGCAGAAAGGUUUAGGUAUGUCUAUAUGGGAAAAAGAAAAUGUAAAAGUAUUGCGAAAGCAAGCAGGACUAGAAGAGAAAGAAACUAAAUUGAAAAAGAAAAGGAAAAAAGGAGGACCAAAUCCGCUUAGUUGUUUGAAAAAAAAGAAAAAACCCGAAACAAUAUUGAAGAAAAAUGGUACAAAGUCUGGCAAGGUCAGAAAAAGAAAAAUUAAAAUAGCGCCACACAUUAAAGAGGCUUUACUAGCAGAGUUGAAGAAUAAACAUACUACAUAAAAUGG